AUGAUCUCCGCAACACUCUUCCAAAAGCGACUCGACGCGUCCGCCAUGCUCGACGAGUCCUACCUGUCGGAGCUGCGCCACCCCGGGUGCAGUGAUGAUGACCGCGUAGCGGCUGCGAUCGACGACCGUCACGGACGCCGCCGGAGCCGAUUACGAAGAGCGGUUCGAUGGGUUAAGGAGAAGUUGGAGUGGUGGUUGAGGGAUCGAGACAUAGAUCGGUACGAUAAAUUUGUCGACGGAGUCAACCAGACGCGAAAGCAGACGGCCGACCCGGUACGCAAAUCCCCGAAGAAGGUACGAUUCGGACGGGCCACACGAUUUAUGUCGACCGGCGAGACGAUUUACGACCCUCGAGAAAGAGCGAUGGUAAUGGGGACGCUGAGUAAGAGGAGGAAGGGGAAAUAG